UGUCAAUAUUAUUCUGAUAAAUCUCCCAAAAUUAAAUCACGUAUAGAAAUGUUAACAGUUGGUGAAUGUUGAGAGAUUUGCUAAAAAUUUUCUGUGUCAAGUGUGAUCCAUAACAAUUAAGCAUUGCAACUUAGAAAAACAGCAGCAAUUAGGAACAGUGAACAUCAUGAUCGGCGUCAGAAGACGAUUUCUGUUCCUAUAUAUAAUGGCAGCGGUGAGCACAGUGACAGUUACGCUCAGAUUCACGAGUCGGUCCACGCAGGGUGGAUCUGAGCUUAACGCAGAAAUCCUUCGCCAGGAUUCAGCUACAGACACAGAGUCUCACCACUACCUGGACGUUCCACUUCCACAGCAUCGAGACGCACCGAAACCUGAUGUCGAUGAGCUGAUGACAGAAAUUCCGGUCAUCAGUUCUACUCCGGAGACAAAUAUAACAUGGUUGAAUUUCUUCGAAUACAUAGAGGAAGCUGCCGGUUGUAAAAGUCUUAAAACGUUUGGAGGAGUUAAAUACGGACGUUCACGCAUAAUUGACGGAGAAAAGGCCGUUUGUUUGGACGCCAACGUUGCUCCCACUCCAGGCUCCUGCACCGUCCUCUCCUUCGGCAUCAACAACGAGUGGAGCUUUGACGACGCCAUGGAGGAGUACGGCUGUAAGGUGUACGCGUUCGACCCGUCCAUGAGGCGGCGCGCUCACCUCAGGAGGCACAAAAUCCACUUCCAGCCCUGGGGGCUGGGGGGCGCCACUGGGCAAGUUACAUUCAGGAAUAAUAAAACACCGAUUAUUGGGCAGGUAUACACGUAUCGUGAUGUUCUGAAGAAGAUCAACGAGUCAAACAGCGUCAUCGACUACCUCAAGAUCGACAUCGAAGGAUCUGAGGUUGAUUUCUUCAACAACGUCCUUAGCGACGACGUUGAACUCCUGGCCAACGUCAAGCAGAUCGGCAUGGAGAUCCACCCAGGGAGGUCUACGACGAGCAGAGACAAGAUCUGGAGCCAAAUUCGGCAGCUGCGCAGCCUGCAUUUUUUACAGGUCUUCAGUCAGCCAAACUUGGUAGCUAGAAGUCCGUAUGAGUUUUACAACAAAACUGUUUCGUGUUGCUAUGAAAUUCUUUGGGUCAACGAGAAGUUCUUGUAAAGUUUAAAGUCUACUGUUUGAUGUUUGUUCUCUAGCUGCAAGAGUAUUUCUUUUCACUCUUAACGUGUUUACACGAAUAUUGUCAUUAGAUGAAUAGAAGGAAAUCGAGAUUAGGUAAAAAAAAUUCAAUGCUGAAAAUUUGAAAAUUCUUGGUAAAAAUGAUUAAAUGUUUGAUCGUAUUUUGUAGACAGCUGGCUCAUGUGUGUGUGAUAUAUAAAGUCAUUUGAUCAUAAGUUAUUUCAAUUUCGUUGAACUUAAUUUGAAUUUCUUUGAACAGAUUACACAAAUUAUAUUACAGUAAAAAUUAAACACGACGCCUCUACGGCCAUUUUACACUGUCGGUGCUGUGCUUGAGAGCAUUUAUUGUCCCACUUAAUUUAUUGUCCCACUUAAUUUAUUGUCCCACUUAAUUUAUUGUCCCGCUUAAUUUAUUGUCUCACUUAAUUUAUUGUCCCUCUUAAUUUAUUGUCCCCUCGAAACUUGAACUUAUGUUCCGUCCAAAAAGCUCGGCGGAGGGUAUCUGGAAAAUAUUUCAGAAUAAGAUUUUCAAUUCUCUGAAAAUCGCUUCAGAUGAGCUAUCAAAAUAGAGGAAAGUACAAUAAAUAGUUUUCUUAUUGUUAACAUCAGUAACAGAAUCAGAAUAUUUGUUGCCGUAAAACGGUUUAUUUUACUAAACUAAAGGCACGAUGGAAACACAUGCAGUUUAAACAAAUUACGAAUAAAGUUGAUUGCAGAAUGCAUAUCAUAGAAGGAGGAACAAAUAUUAUAGACACGGUGUAGCAAUGUUUGAAGACUUAACAAUUAAAUAUAAUUUAAAUAUCAAUUUGAAACGGAAUAAACAAAGCUAAAGAAACUCAUGCCCUGAACAUUAAGAAUCGGUUUGCGGUACACGGAAGUCUGAAAGCAAUAUAGUAUACUAUUUUAUUUACUAUAUACUAUAAGGUAGAUUUACUACAUAGAUAUGGUAAACCGAAAAAUGAUAAACCAUGAGGCCACUGUUGUUGCUACCAUCGGCAUAAUAAAUUUCAUCGUUGGGUGAGGCUAAGAUAAUCACAGAAAAGGCCCACAUGAGAGGAAUGUUUGAAAAUAAGAAAGGUGUCAGUAAUAUAUCUGUUGUUAAAAAAUGGUGUCAUCAAUAGAUCUAUUUUCUCGUUACUUAAUUUUUAUUAUUUCUUGUACAUAUCUAGAUUUUCACUGGUAAUUUUUCUCGUGUUUCAUAUAUCUCAUUGUAAUUUUGUUUUUUUUUUUUCAUUUAAUUUCACAGUUUUUAGGACACUCAUAAUGUCGCCACUAGUUGAAAAAAAUAUAUAUUUCUGGACACUGCUGGCUAUGGAUAUUCCAGCAGUCUUAGUAACCAUACUAAAAGACUACUCGUUUGGUGUUUGCUCUCGUUUCAAGGCUUUUUAAUUCUACUUCCAAACAAUUAUUGAAAAGACUCUUACAACCCAGCUGAUGUGAAGAGAAAUUUUUCUGUACCAUUUUUGUGAUUUAUACCAUCAUGGUAUAAAUCAAAUUUUCUAAUUAUAAUAAUCUUCUCCAUUCAAAAAGUAUAGGUAAAUUCAGCUCACAUUCAAACAACCCUGCCACUUUUGAGAUCAACAUAAAUACGGAGUAAUAACAAUAUUGUAGAAAACAUUUCAGAAUGUUACUCGAUCAAGACAGUUAUAAUUUGCGUUCAAUUCAUUUGCUCGCAGUGAUAUGUUAAUAUUUGA